AUGUCUAAAACAUUCUCUCUCGCGGAUGUGUCCUCCCAUAACAAGGCAGACAGCCUCUACAUCGUCGUCGACGAGGAUGUCUACGACCUCACCAAGUUUCAAGAUGAGCACCCAGGCAAGUCACCUCUCCACGCUUGCUACUACUACUACUACACGCACAUCCUCAAGAAAUACAAGGGCAAACUGCAGGUUGGAUCGUUAGAUACCAAGAAGGCCACGGCACCACCGACACCUCCAGCUACACCGCCACCGCAGGAGCAGAAGAAGGUUGUGCCGCAGGCCGAACCUGGAACCGUUGCUCCGGCACCAGGUCCAAGUGCGUCAGAGGAGACCGAGGCGUUGGAUCCCUUUGGCGACCUCAUUCCCUUUGGUGAUCCCAACUGGUACCAAGGUUAUCACUCGCCCUACUACAACGAAACGCAUGCUGCCCUCCGUGCCGAAGUUCGAGAAUGGGUCGAAUCCGAGAUCGAGCCUUACGUCACCGAGUGGGAUGAGGGCAAGAAAGUACCAGACACCAUCUACAAGCAAAUGGGCGAACGAGGAUACCUGGCCGGGUUGCUCGGUGUGAAAUAUCCCAAGCACCUGGUAAAGAAUGGAGUCAAGAGCGUGCCUGCAGAGAAGUGGGAUUUGUUCCACGAGAUGCUUCUGACCGAUGAGCUUUCGCGUACCGGCUCGGGCGGGCUCGUCUGGAACUUGAUCGGUGGUUACGGCAUUGGAUGUCCACCUUUGGUCAAGUAUGGUAAGAAGGAGUUGGUCGAUCGCAUCCUGCCUGGCAUUCUUUCGGGCGACAAGAGAAUCUGCCUGGCCAUCACAGAACCUGAUGCUGGCUCCGACGUGGCCAACCUGACAUGUGAAGCUAAGCUCAGCGAAGAUGGAAAGCAUUUCAUCGUCAAUGGAGAGAAGAAAUGGAUCACCAAUGGUAUCUGGUCUGACUACUUCACUACCGCCGUCCGAACCGGCGGUCCCGGCAUGAACGGCGUCAGCUUGUUGUUGAUCGAGCGAGGAGAAGGUGUCAGCACCCGACGAAUGGACUGCCAGGGCGUCUGGAGCUCUGGGACGACCUAUAUCACAUUUGAAGAUGUCAAGGUGCCCGUUGAGAACUUGUUGGGCAAGAAGGACCGCGGCUUCCAAGUGAUCAUGACCAACUUCAACCACGAACGAAUUGGCAUCAUCAUCCAGUGUCUGCGAUUCUCCCGGGUGUGCUUUGAAGAGUCGGUCAAGUACGCGUCCAAGCGAAGAACGUUUGGCAAGAAACUCAUCGAUCAUCCCGUCAUCCGUUUGAAACUGGCCCAUAUGGCACGACAGAUUGAGGCCAGCUACGCCUGGUUGGAGAAUGUUGUGUACCAGUGCCAGAAGAUGGGUGAGACGGAAGCCAUGUUGAGACUGGGAGGUGCCAUUGCCGGCCUCAAGGCUCAAGCUACGACGACAUUCGAGUUCUGCACCAAGGAAGCCGCUCAGAUCUUUGGGGGUCUUGCCUACUCUCGAGGAGGUCAGGGUGGAAAAGUCGAAAGACUCUACCGGGACACUUUGGCGUACAAGAUCCCUGGUGGCAGUGAGGAAAUUAUGCUGGAUCUAAGCAUUCGACAGAGCAUGAAGGUGCACAAAGCAUUGGGCAUGAAGUUGUGA